AUGACUAUUGGCGUUGUUGUUGUUGUUAUUGUUGUUGCUGCUGUGGUUGUGGCUGCUGUUGGUAUCGUCGAUGCCGGACGAGGCUGUGAUAUCCCGCUUGACGCCGGCCGAGGGGUGACAGCCGGCCGCCGCUGGAGUUGGAUAGGAGCACUCUCUGCCGGAGGACUCGCAAGCUCGACAGGUGGUGUCUAUGCCAGCAUUAACACACUUGAUCUUGCUCCGGCGGCAGCGGGAACAGGCGAUGCUGGAGCGCAUCGUGGGCGGCAGCUCUUUGCUGGGGGGGCCAGAUCCGGAGGAAGCAGGUGUACGGAGUACACUAAGUACUCUCUGGAUGCGCUACCUUAUUUUCCGCCGUCGAACGAGCAAGACGACGAGGGCGUAUUAAGUUCGGUUGACUCCGAGAGCCUGGAAGAGCGGCCAGUCGGCUUCUUCUUCGUCCUUUUCUUUUUCUUUUUUUUUUUUUCACUCUCUACCAUCGCCAUCCAUCGCCGCUGCCUGCUUGUCCUCUCUCCUCCAUCCCUUCUAUCCCGUCUAUCAACUUCGACUCUCAAGCGACUUUUUUCUUCGUCUCUCAAAUUUGAAGCAACAAAAAAUGGCGGAAUUUUGCAAAAAUAA